AUGUCUGUAUUUAAUCCUGAAAGUUUUCAUGAAGGUCUUGUGUCAGAACUGGCUUUGUUUGAUUUACCAAGUACACAAACUGCUGUGGCAGAUGUCUACUAUGAGGAAAUUCGUCCUAUUUCCCAAGUAUCGGACGGUGUGAGUCCUAUCGAGUUUAGAAUAAGUGGACAGAACUCAAUGGACUAUUUGGAUAUGAAAGGAUCACAGAUAUACGUGAAGUUGAGAGUGAAAACGACUGCUAGCGGAAGCUUAACUUCUGAGAAGGUGGGACCUGUGAAUUUGUUUCUUCAGGCUCUGUUUUCAUCAACUGAAGUCACGUUACAGAAUAAAGCAACCAUCACUACCAACUACAAUCCUUACAGGGCCUACAUUCAGACGAUAUUGAAUAAUGGACAGGAUGCAACUUCUCAACUACAAUCACAGCUUUUUUACAUGGACACAGCUGGUACUUAUGCUGUGGUAGAUCCUGGUGGAGCACACAAGGUUCUGUUUGAAAGGGCUAAACUGAUAGCUACAUCAAAAGCGUUGGAUUUGCAAGGUCCUAUUUUCCACCAUUUAUUUUCUAUGACACGUUAUAUGCUGAAUCAGGUGGAUGUUAAAGUCAAGUUAUACCGAAGUUCACCAGAAUUUUGCUUGGUUAGUACGGAGUCAUCACCAGCCUUUAAAGUAGAUAUUGAAGAUAUUUACAUACUAGCGAGGAAAAUACGCGUGAAUCCUGCAGUCAUUUAUGGACACGCAGAAAUCCUGAAAACACAGAAUGCGAAGUAUCCUUUUAUGAAAGUGGAAUGUCGCACCCAGAGCAUACCCUCUGGAGCCUCCUCUUUCCACUACGAGAACAUGUUCCCAGGACAGCGACCUAAUAAGGUGGUCGUUGGCUUUGUUAAUUCUACAGCUAUAUCAGGCGAUUAUGCAGAAAACCCAUUUAAUUUCUUGAACUGUGACAUUCGAAGUAUAUGUCUGUACUUGGAUGGUUUGCCAGUCAACGGAAAUCCUUUAAAACUGGACUUCAGCAAAACCAAUGGUGUAACGGAUGUGCGGGCCUAUAUAAAUGCGUUUACAUCUGCGGCGAAGUGGAGAGAAGAUGAGGGUAACUUAUUGACAAGGAAACAAUUUACCUCUGGUACAACGUCAUUCGUUUUCCAGUUAGAACCAAACUUCUCUCACCACGGAUAG